CAGCUAAAGAACUCUUCUAUUCAUGGAGGUGAACGCUAAGGAUGCUUUCCACAUGAACCUUGAGUGAACCUCUGAUCCAUUUCCUGUGGAAAGAGAAGGGAGCCAACAUGAAGGAAAAUGUAGCAUCCACAGUGGUUUUCAUUUUGCUACUGUUUCUCAACACCAACCUUCUGAAUGGACAGUCACCUCCUGGAAAACCUGAGAUCUUUAAAUGUCGUUCUCCCGAAAAGGAAACAUUCACCUGCUGGUGGAAGCCUGGGGCAGAUGGAGGAUUACCUACCAAUUACACGCUGACUUACCACAAGGAAGGAGAGACAUUCACCCAUGAAUGUCCGGACUACAAAACCAGUGGUCCCAACUCCUGCUACUUUAACAAGAAGCACACCUCCAUAUGGACGAUAUACAUCAUCACAGUAAACGCCACGAACCAGAUGGGAAGCAGUUCCUCGGAUCCACGUUACGUGGACGUGACUUACAUAGUUGAACCAGACCCUCCUGUGAACCUGACUUUGGAAUUAAAACAGCCAGAAGACAGAAAACCAUACCUGUGGAUAAAAUGGUUUCCACCCACCCUGGUUGAUGUAAGAUCUGGUUGGCUCACACUCCAGUAUGAAAUUCGAUUAAAACCUGAGAAAGCAGCUGAGUGGGAGACUCAUUUCGCUGGGCAGCAGACUCAGUUUAAGAUUCUCAGCUUGUAUCCAGGACAGAAAUACCUUGUGCAGGUUCACUGCAAGCCAGACCAUGGAUUCUGGAGUGAGUGGAGCCCAGAGAGCUCCAUCCCGAUACCUAAUGACUUCUCAAUGACAGAUGCAACCGUGUGGAUCUUUGUGGCCGUUCUUUCUGCUGUCAUCUGUUUGAUUAUGGUCUGGGCAGUGGCUUUGAAGGGCUACAGCAUGGUGACCUGCAUCCUCCCUCCGGUUCCUGGGCCCAAAAUUAAAGGAUUUGAUACUCAUCUGCUGGAGAAGGGCAAGUCCGAGGAACUUCUGAGCGCCCUGGGAUGCCAAGACUUCCCUCCCACUUCCGACUGCGAGGACUUACUGGUGGAGUUCUUAGAGGUGGAUGACAGUGGGGACCAGCAGCUGGUGCCAGCUCACUCCAAAGAACACCCGGGGCAAAGCGUGAAGCCCACGCACUCGGAUCCCGACAGUGACUCUGGCCGGGGCAGCUGCGACAGCCCUUCCCUUUUGUCUGAAAAGUGUGAUGAACCUCGGGCCAAUCCCUCCAAGUUCCACACUCCUGAGGGCCUUGAGAAGGCAGAGAAACCUGAAACAAACGUUACCCAGCCCCAAGGCCCUCAGAGCACAAGCGUGGAAGGCAAAAUCCCCUCUUUUCAUGCCAGCGGAUCCCAAUCUUCAACGUGGCCCUUGCUGCAGCCCCCCAGCCUGCACUACUCCAGGUCAUCUUACCACAGCGUUGCUGAGGUGCGUAAGCUGGGCCUGGGCACGGCAGGUGCUGCAUCCACUUUGUUGGACAAAACAGACACACGUGCUUUAAAACCCUCGCAAACCAUUGAGACUGGCGGGGAAGGAAAGGCAGCUGAGCACAGGGAGUCAGAAAGCUUCCGUUCCAAGACUGACCAAGAUGCGGCACGGCUGCUGCCCCAGGACAAGACCCCCUUGACCUCUGCUAAACCCUUGGAGUACGUGGAGAUCCACAAAGUCAGCAAAGAUGGAGCGCUGGCGCUGCUCCCGAAACAAAACGAGAACAGCAGCCGGGCGGAGAAGACCAGCACCCCUGAAACCAGCAAGGAGUACUCGAAGGUGUCCCGGGUGAUGGAUAGCGACAUCCUGGUGUUGGUGCAGGAUCGGCGAGCGCAAAACCUGGCUCCGUUUGAAGAACCAGCCAAGGAGGCCCCGCCAUCCCUGCCACAGAAUCCAGCCGCGGUAGACCUGGCCUCCUUCCCCGUGGCCCCGAGCAACUGCAGACUCCAGCUCGGUGGGCUGGAUUACCUGCAUCCCACAGGUUUUAUGCACCCCUUUCAGUGAGAGCUUGAUUCAUGGAAGGAUGGGCUAAAAUGUGAUUUUCCUUCAGGUAACACUACAGAGUACAUGAAAUGCACUCUACCAGCGAAGACUUGAGAGCGGGGUUAGAAUGACACUACCAAACUCCCAGGUCACUCGUCUUCAUGAUCCAUUUUCAACCAGUUGCCUCUUUCUCCAACAGCUGAUUCCAGAACAAAUCGUUUAGUUUCGUGUGAUUUGUAGAGUUACGUUUUGCUAUCAGUUAUAAAAUUAUGUGUUCAAUGAAAUAAAAGCACAUUGCUUAGUAUUCUUGAGGGACAGUGCCAAUAGGUAUAUCCCCUGGAACAGGCUUUCAUGUUCUGGUAUGUGACAGAAGGAUAUCAACUAGUCAGAACUGUUUACCACAGGAUGAUGGUAGAUAUGAGAAAAAUGCCAUGAAAACCACUUUUGAAGACCAAUUGCUUAACCUUUGCACUCCUCUUU